AUGGUCAGCUCCGCCGGCUCAGACUACCCGGUCCCGAAACCGAAACUCACGCCCAGUGCCCCGACGCCGACGCCUAGGUCUUCUCAACCAGCUCGUCCGAAGGCGCCGUCGACUUACUCGAGGGCGAUAGGACUAAUUGGCCCGCCCCGUCCUGCUCCGACACCGGCAAGCCCCUUUCGGAGUACGCGACGGACCUUUGAGUCGACGUGGCGUGGGGAUAACGCUUCCUCGCAAUCUGCUUCGGAGUCGCGCAGCUCGUCGUCGGGUUCUCGAGUAACUCCUUUGCGGCCGGACUACUUGUCCGGUUCUAGAGUGACUCCUCUGCGGCCGAAUUACUCAUCAUCAACCCCCCAGGCUGGCACGAAGCGCAAGGCGACUGAGGUCAUUGAUCUUACUGGGGAUGACUAG